AUGGAUAAAUGGAGCAGCCAAGUGAAAUCCAUGAAGCGUAUUUCAAAGGAGAUGGAAUCACUUAUUGAAACUUGGGUUGAUGAACAUAAACUAAAGAAGCUUAAAACCGGAUCAAACAACAAUAACCAAGAUUUCAUCGACGUGAUGCUGUCUACUAUAAUGGGUGAUCAUUCCAUAUCCAUGUACGGCUAUACCAUGGAAGACUGUGGUGUCAGCGGCUACAAUAUUCUAAAGGGCACUCGUUUAUUCGUUAAUGCAUGGAAGUUGCACCGAGACCCACAAGUUUGGUCGAACCCUGAAGAGUUUGAGUCAGAGAGACGAGCAUGCCCGGGGAUGAGUUGGGCGUUGCAAGCUAUAUGCUUGACAAUGGCUCGAAUGCUACAAGGGUUUGACUUAACAACACCUUCAAAUGCUCCCGUUGAUAUGAAUGACGACCAAGGUGCAAGUGCAACCAUGCUCAAAGCAACUCCUCUUGAACUUAUCCUCACACCUCGCCUUCCUCGUCUUCUUUAUCAACUCUAG